GAAGGCACCUUCCGGGGUCUCUUAACCUGGGUGUCUAUGUCCAAGCGGCCAUCAAGUGAAUAAACACUGAGGAGUUCUGUUUGUCCCUAUCAGAAUCCCGAAUCCCUAGCAGCCAGUUUCUGAUACUUCGGUUGCCUAGGCUACGUUCGGACGCCACGGCUGGGCGGGGCAGCCCUUCCUGUGGACAACAGCUGAAGCCUGGAGCGGGGAGGCGGCGGCCCCAGGGAACUGGCGGCCGCCGAUCGGGGCUGCGAGGCCCCAUGGCGCCGCCCCCAGCCCCGCUCCUGGCGCGGAGGCCCGGGGAGACCAGGCCUGGUUGCAGGAAGCCCGGGGCCGUGAGCUUCGCGGACGUGGCCGUGUACUUCUCCCCGGAGGAGUGGGGCUGUCUGCGGCCGGCGCAGAGGGCCCUAUACCGGGACGUGAUGCGGGAGACCUACGGCCACCUGGGCGCGCUCGGAUUCCCAGGCCCCAAACCAGCCCUCAUCUCUUGGAUGGAACAGGAGAGUGAGGCGUGGAGCUCCGCCGCCCAGGAUCCUGAGAAUGGGGAAAGCCUGGGAGGAGCUCGGAGAGGAGAUGCCCCAAACACGAAGGAAGAGGAACCCGAGGAAGGUCCAAAAUCCAAAGGGCCUAGAAAGGCUCCUAUGGAGAAUCUGGAAGUGCUGGUGGGACGAAACCCUGACCUGGCUAUUAGCGUGGCCUCGGCAUGGGCACAGCCACCCACAAGUGCUGCCUGGGACCAGUCCACAGGAGCACAGCCCCCUGCACCCGUGCCCAGCGUGGAUGCUCAGGCCGGUCAGCGGCGCCACGUGUGCACGGACUGUGGCCGCCGCUUCACCUACCCCUCGCUGCUGGUCAGCCACAGGCGCAUGCAUUCGGGGGAGCGGCCCUUCCCCUGCCCUGAGUGUGGCAUGCGCUUCAAGAGGAAAUUCGCUGUGGAAGCGCAUCAGUGGAUCCACCGCUCCUGCUCCGGGGGGCGGCGGGGCCGGAGGCCUGGGAUCCGGGCUGUGCCUCGGGCCCCAGUCCGAGGUGACCGGGACCCGCCUGUGCUCUUCCGGCACUACCCAGACAUCUUCGAGGAGUGCGGCUGCUCCAAUGAUACAGCUGACUCAGGGCCCACAUUUGAUGUGGGGAGAGGAGACGCUGCCGAGGCUGCCUGGGAGGAACAGCAAGAGAAGACGUUUCCAGGAGGAACAAACCAGGUCACCAACAUUGAUCGAAAUGCAAGCUGUUCAGUGCCUUUCUCUAAAAUGAAGAGAAGCUGGACUGUCGCCAUCUUUUCUGAGGGCGCCUCCUUUUUUCCGGACUGCGGCACCACAGAGAUGCUCGCCGCCCUAGAGCGGCCCCACCCAAAGCUACUUCCGGUCGCCAAGGCGUCGGUUGAAAGUCCUGCACUCCACUCCCAGGGCGAAUCCCCAGCGUCCCUCCAGAAGCCGCGGAGCCAGUUCCAGUCCAAUGAACUCGGGAAGGCGAGAGGGACUGAGGCAGGUAAAGAGCCCGCGGGCCGAGAGCUCCGCGGACAUGGUCGACUGCCGCUUCCUGGUGCAGAGUGGGUGUCUGCGUGCGCCCUCGGGGGCUCUAGUGACCUCCCUCCUUCCCUUGGGCCCAGUCCGGGGAGGUAUUCUCGGGCGCGGAAGGUUCCACAGGCCCAGCCGGGGCCAGGGGAGGCAGCCGACUUGUCCUCGGGACUGAUAGUCCCCAUGGCGCCGCCUCUGGCCACGCUCUACUCCCAGGACCCAAACGGGGCCGGGUCCGAGUGGAGGGAGCCCGGGCCCGUGACCUUCGGGGACGUGGCCGUGUACUUCUCCCGGGAGGAGUGGGGCUGUUUGCGGCCUGCGCAGAGGGCCCUGUACCGGGACGUGAUGCGGGAGACCUACAGCCACCUGGGCGCGCUCGGAGUCGAAGGCAGCAAGCCGGCGCUCAUCUCCUGGGUGGAGGAGGAGGCUGAAUUGUGGGGUCCGGCUGCCCAGGAUCCGGAGGUGGCGAAGCGUCCGACAGAAGCGGACCCAGCAGAUUCCAGAAACAAGGAAGAGAAAAGACCAGGGGAAGGGAUAGGAGCCCUGGAGAAGCCCCUCCCUGUGGCCACAGGGCCUCUUGGGCUGAAGGCUCCCCAAGCCCCGUCGGCCGGGUCCCCUUAUGGUUGGGAGCUGAGGUCCAAGGCACCGUGCCGGGGACGCCCCUCGCUCUGUGCCCACCCCCCUGUUCCGCGAGCGGACCAGCGUCAUGGCUGCUACGUGUGCGGGAAGAGCUUUGCCUGGCGCUCCACGCUGGUGGAGCACGUAUACAGCCACACGGGCGAGAAGCCCUUCCACUGCGUGGAUUGCGGCAAGGGCUUCGGCCACGCUUCCUCCCUGAGCAAACACCGGGCCAUCCAUCGCGGGGAGCGGCCCCACUGCUGUCCCGAGUGUGGCCGGGCCUUCACACAGCGCUCUGCGCUGACUUCACAUCUGCGUGUCCACACUGGCGAGAAGCCCUAUGGCUGCGCUGACUGCGGCCGCCGCUUCAGCCAGAGCUCUGCCUUGUACCAGCACCGGCGCGUGCACAGCGGUGAGACCCCUUUCCCCUGCCUGGACUGCGGCCGUGCCUUUGCCUACCCCUCGGACCUGCGGCGCCAUGUGCGCACCCAUACCGGCGAGAAGCCCUACCCAUGCCCGGACUGCGGACGCUGCUUUCGCCAGAGCUCAGAGAUGGCGGCCCACAGGCGCACCCACAGCGGCGAGAAGCCCUACCCCUGCCCGCAGUGCGGCCGCCGCUUUGGCCAGAAGUCAGCUGUGGCCAAGCAUCAGUGGGUCCAUCGGCCUGGGGCGGGAGGUCACAGGGGCCGGGGCGCUGGGGGGCUGUCUCUGACGCUGACUGCUGGCCGUGGGGACCUGGACCCGCCCGUCGGCUUCCAGCUGUACCCAGAGAUAUUCCAGGAGUGUGGGUGAUGGCCUCAAAAGUGACUAUCUAGACACUGCAGGAGGCCUGAGAUGGGCUCAGGGGCCUGAACCUCUGCAGCAGCCUUCAGGGAAGUCCCAGAAUCCCUGGCAAGAGCUGGCUCUGGGGUGCAGACAGCCUCAUCUUGGGCCUUCAGCAGACUCCUCUGCCAGCAUCUUGCUCCCCCCGACCCACGCUCUCAAAGGCCCCCUUUGCUGAGACAGGGCUGAGGUGAGAACCCCCCCAGAUUCCCAUAAGGGGAAGCAAAAGCUGUUUCUCAGCCCAGAGAUGCUAACAGGAUUGAGGUAGAGAAGAACUUUGUUUUACCCAUUUUUUUAAAAUUUCUUUUAUUAUUAUUUUUUAUUCUUUUGACCCUUCCAGAACACAAUACCACUUUUUAUAUUUAUUUAUUUAUUUUUGAGACAGCUUCCUGCUCUGUUGCCCAGGUUGGAAUGCAGCGGUGUGAACAGGGCUCUCUGCAACCUCAAUCUGCUGUGCUUAAGGAAUCCUCUCCUGUCAGCCUUCCAGAUACCUGAGACUACAGGUGGGCAACACUACGCCCAGCUAAUUUUUAAAUUUUAUGUAGAGAUGAGGUUCUCACUGUUGCCUAGGAUGGUCUCCUAGGCUGAAGCGAUCCUGCUGCCUCAGCCUCCCAAAGUGCUGGGAUUGCAGGCCUGAGCCAUCAUGCCUGCCUUCCGUUGUCUUUUUCUUUUCCUUUUUUUUUUUUUUUGAGACGUGGAUUUUGCUCUUGUUGCCCCGGGUGUGCAAUGGCCUGAUCGCAGCUCACUGCAACCUCCAUCUUCUCAGUUCAAGCGAUUCUCCUGCCUCAGCCUAUGGAAUUACAGGUGCCUGCCACCUCCAUUAUCUUUUUACUGCACAAAUUAAAAUCCCCUUGCCCUGUACUGGAUCUGGCCGGCAAUUGCCAUAUUUACUGAUUUGAGCCCAGGCAGUGUUUUUAAGUGAUAUGAAUCAGUGGUGAAGAUUGAAAAGAAUAUGUCACACCCAAAUACAGGUUUUCUGGCAUGUUUUGAAAAAUCUAAAGAUUUGGCAAUUCCACCUAGGCUCCCACAAAACCACAUUUGUUGGGAGCUGAGCUGGAGCCAGAACUCACAAUUCACCGUGGCCUGGCCACUCAUCCCUGCCACUCCCAUGGGCUCUUGACCCAGCAUCCCUCGCUAUUCAUCAUGGCUUGGUUUUAGUAUUUUUGGUGUUUAUCUUAAAGUACAAAACAAAGAAGAAAGGGAAGUAUUUUUUGAACCCAUGUGUCUAUCAAAACAGACCUUUCCAUCUGUCAUUUCUCACUCAUUUAUAUGACUUGCUGAGCUCCUGUGGUCAUUUGACUUUGAAAACGGUGGUCCGUAGCAUUCAGGUUUUCUGGAGUUGGAGAGAAAGGAUGAUUGGAAGGAGAGAAGUAAAAGCAGGCUUUAUUUUA